CUCCGCGGAGGACCCGCCCACCUCCGGGUAAUCUCUCUGCUGCUCUCCGUUCGUCUCUUCCUGCAUCUGAAGUACGUAGCAGUUCAAUUCUGAAGAUGAGCUACCCAGGAUACCCUCCUCAGUCUGGUGGAUACCCACAACAGGGAGACGGCUACCCGCCUCAACAAGGGGCAUUUCCACCCCAAGCAGGCGGCUACCCUCCACAGGCAGGCGGCUACCCUCCACAGGCAGGGGGCUACCCUCCACAGGCAGGGGGCUACCCUCCACAGGCAGGCGGCUACCCACAACAGCCAGGCGGCUACCCCCAACAGCCAGGCGGCUACCCCCAACAGCCAGGCGGCUACCCCCAACAGGCAGGAGGAUUCCCAGCUCAGGCUGGCGGAUACCCUCCCGCAGCGGGCGGUUACCCUCAAGCCGCAGGGGGCUAUCCUUCCCAGCCCGGAGGUUACCCUGCCCCAGCUGGAGGCUUCCCUCCUCAGGCAGGAGCUGGAGGCUAUCCUUCCAUGCCUCCAGGAGGUGGAGGCUGGGGUGCAGCACCAGGCGGCCAAGGAGCGCCAGGAGGAGCUCAGCAGGGAUACCCAGGGGGCCCCGCCCCAGGCCAGCCCAUGCCAAACUACCCCGGAGCCCCCGCUAAUACCCCCUCAAUGCCUGGAUAUGGAAGUGGAGUUCCGUCCAACCCUCAGGCACCUGCCAUUUCUAAAGGGUACAGAGGCACUUUGAAAGACUUUCCUGGCGCUGAUCCACUGAGAGAUGUUGAGGUUCUUCGCAAAGCUAUGAAGGGCUUUGGCACUGAUGAAAAUGCCAUCACUGAACUUCUGGGAAGCCGUACCAACAAGCAGCGGGUUCCAAUGGUAGCAGCCUAUAAAACCACUUAUGGAAAGGAUUUAUUCCACGAUCUGAAGUCUGAGCUCACUGGAAACUUUGAGAAACUGGUUCUUGCUAUGGUUCAGAGCUCUGCAAUGUUUGAUGCAUCUGAACUCCGAGGGGCUAUACAGGGCGCAGGAACUGAUGAAGCUUGUCUGAUUGAAAUUCUUUCAUCACGUUCCAAUGCAGAGAUUCUUGAAUUCACCAGAAUCUACAAAGCUGAGUACGGGAAGAGCCUGGAGGAUGCCAUCAGCAGCGACACCUCCGGUCACUUCCGCAGACUCCUCGUCUCUCUCUGUCAGGGAAAUCGCGAUGAAAGGCCGACUGUCGACGUCUCCCAAGCCAAACAGGAUGCUCAGAAACUGUAUGCGGCCGGUGAAAAUAAAGUCGGAACUGAUGAGUCUCAGUUUAAUGCCAUCCUGUGUGCUCGCAGCAAGCCUCACCUUCAAGCAGUCUUCAAGGAGUACCAGCAGAUGUGUGGGAGAGACAUUGAGAAGAGCAUCUGCAGGGAAAUGUCUGGCAAUGUGGAGUCUGGCAUGGUGGCCGUGGUGAAAUGCAUCAAGAACACUCCGGCCUACUUUGCAGAAAGGCUCCACAAAGCCAUGCAGGGAGCCGGGACCAAGGACCAAACCCUCGUCCGCAUCAUGGUGACCCGCUGUGAGGUGGAUAUGUUGGACAUCAGACAGGCCUAUGUGAAGACAUACGGGAAAUCCCUGUACAAUCACAUCUCAGGUGAUACCUCCGGGGAUUACAAGAAUCUGCUGCUGAAGCUAUGUGGAGGUAACGACUAAAAGGAGAGGAAGAUAACCCCACAUACGGACAAAAUGUAUGUCCACACUGAAAUAAUGUUCGAGGACCAUAUAUCGCCUCUGAUGCAUGCAGUUUAUGUUAGUAUUCCUUUGGCAACAAUCAGUCAUUAUUUCUUUUGUAUUCUCUUCAGUAUGAUUCAAAUGAUAGAUUUGUGCUGGUGUGUAUGUAGUAAGUGUUUUGCCAAAUAGUACAUAUAUAUUCAUAUGAAGUUUUUUUUUAAGAUACAAUAGAUAGCUUUAAAAUCUUGUACUUGAGUAAGAUGUUAACUAUAUAAUAUAUCUAUACUAACUAUAUUGUAGAAUAGUAUUUAAAAUAUCCAACAAACUGCUAAACUAUAAUUGUCAUUAAAAGAAACCCGUAAUUGCAAGAGGAAUAGAGUUUCAGAAAAACGUAAGAUACGGAACAAGGCGAGUGUCUCGUUCAUCUAAUCUUCAAAGUACAUAUACAAGAAUUUAUUGAGCGAAUUACUUUAUUAAUGCAAUACAUCUGUCUAACUCUGGUAACGUUUACCUCACCGCCAAGCAUUUCAAUUGUGGGCAAGUUACGAGACGCAAAGUUGCGUGACACUUUUGCAAGUUUUAGCAAAUGAUGUUUGACUUAAUCACACACAGAAUAGAUGUAAUAAAGUAAUACUUAUUAAACAAGCCACAAUUAAAUUCCAGGGUUUUUUUUAUUGUAAGAAUAACAUUCUGCAAAAAGGUUCUUCUGUGUCCAUGUUAACUAACUAUAAUUGUACUCCUGCUUGCAAGUCUAUGCAAUUUAGCUUUUUGCCUUAUAUCAGCUUUACAAAAAAAUCUGCUGUUCAUGAAGUGUAAACCUUUCCAAUCAUUGUUUGUCAUCAACGGACAAUGUUCUCUUUCUGAAAAGCCAAAGCCUGAGGACGGAUCAUGUUGUGCCUUUUUAUCAGGGCUGCCAUGUAAAAUGUUGUGAGCUAGUGGAAGUUUCACUGUGGUUUAUCUUGCCAAUAAUCUAUAAUUAUACAUGCACGAUUGUAGAAAUGCAGAAAUCCUUCUAUUGUUAAUUUUGCAUCAUUUUGUUGACUUUUUCGUGUCUUUUCCCGGUUUAUAUGUUUGACUGCCAGUAGAGGGCUCUUUAAUCACAUGAGGUGUCGUUUCUAAUAUCUGCUGCCUGAACGUUUGGCUUUGAAGUGAAUAUCCAUUGCACAAAGUCUACUUUGCAACCAUCCUUCCAAGUUCAAUGGAUGCCUUUUUAGUUUUCAAACAUUUUGCCAUGUGAUCAUCCCAGUUUCAGAAACAGCCACUUCUCAUUUCAUUAAAAAAACCUUUUGGCAUA